UACAUAUCUAAUGUAAAAUCAACCAUAAAACUAAUAUAUCUUUUUUUCUUGAAAGAAGGAUCAUAGAGAUAGCUGUAGAGAUGUCAAAAACAAGUUUAGAUACUGCUUUACCCUUGUUGGAGGCUUAUGAUCAUCAUUGUGAAGAUCAAAAUGGCAAAGGAAGAUGCUGGUGGAUCAAACUAUUGGAUGUCGAAGAAGGCAAAGACCAAGUCUUGUUUUCACUGCCCAUGAUCCUUACUAAUGCUUUCUACUAUCUAAUAACUUUGGUUUCUGUCAUGUUUGCCGGUCACCUUGGUCAGCUUGAGCUUGCUGGCGCCACUCUUGGGAAUUCAUGGUGCACUGUCACUGGCAUUGCUUUCAUGACUGGAUUAAGUGGAGCACUUGAGACACUUUGUGGUCAAGGAUUUGGUGCAAGACUAUACAGAACAUUAGGAAUUCAUCUUCAAGCUUCCUGCAUCAUAUACUUUCUGUGCUCCAUAAUCAUAAGCAUUAUCUGGCUUUACACAGAGCCUUUACUCAUCUUCCUUCGUCAAGAUCCUCAAAUUUCAAAAGCUGCUGCUCUUUACUUAAAGUAUUUGAUUCCAGGCAUAUUUGCGUUUGGAUUCCUUCAAAACAUCUUGAGGUUUCUUCAGACACAAUCUGUUGUCAUGCCCCUCAUCCUGCUUUCAGGAAUCCCAAUGUGCAUUCACAUCGGUACAGCUUAUGCAUUGGUUCAUAAGACAGCUCUUGGUUUCAGAGGAGCUUCGUUGGCGGUUUCAAUAUCUUUGUGGAUUUCGACUAUUGUGUUGGUCAUAUAUGUGAUUUAUUCAAAGAAAUUUAAACAAACUUGGGAGGGGUUCUCUUCUGAAUCAUUACGUCAAAUCCCAAUAAACUUGAAACUGGCCCUGCCCUCUGCUGCAAUGGUGUGUCUGGAGUACUGGGCAUUCGAGCUUUUGGUGCUCAUAGCAGGAAUGAUGCCAAACGCAGAACUAACUACAUCUGUGAUUGCAAUGUGUGUGAACACAGAAGACAUUGCCUACAUGUGUACCUCAGGUCUAAGCGCUACUGUGAGUACAAGGGUGUCUAAUGAGUUGGGAGCAGGAAAUCCUGAUAAAGCUAAACAAUCCAUGGCUACGACUCUCAAGCUCUCUGUCCUUCUCGCUCUUCUAAUUGUUUUAGCACUAGUCAUUGGUCAUGAUAUCUGGGCUGGCUUCUUCACUGAUGACCUUUCCAUUAUAAAAGCCUUUGCCUCGAUGACACCUUUCCUUGCUAUCUCUAUCGCACUUGAUGCCUUCCAAGUCGUCUUUACAGGGGUAACAAGAGGGUGUGGUUGGCAGAAUCUGGCUGUUAUUGUAAAUGGAGCAACAUUCUUUUGCAUUGGAAUGCCGAUGGCAACCCUCCUCGGAUUUAAGUUGAAGCUUUAUUCUAAGGGAUUAUGGAUUGGUUUAAUCUGCGGUCUGUCAUGCCAAACCUGCACUCUGUUGUUGAUUACACUGCGUACAAAAUGGACUAGAAUGGAUCUCUCAGAACCAGAGGAAAAUGGUAAGGAAAACUCAAACUUGCCUUGA